AUGGAAUUACCAGCGCAGCAUAUUCUUCCGAUAUUCCGCGAACACAUGUUUUUUGCAUGCACCAGCAUUCUGCUAUUCUUCACUGACAGCAUCGAGGGCCUUCCAAAUGGGAGGUGUAGCGCCGAGGACGAUACAGCUCAUGCAACGUUUUACAGCUUCGACGCGUACAAAGACUUCUACGAUGAUGGUGAUCACGCAAACUACACCUGCCAACCCGGACACAGAACGAACAAGGUACCAAGGUACAGAGAAGCUGUCUGCCGAAACGGUGUGUGGAUAUAUGGAGCGGGCAACGACAAUCUACAGUGUUAUCCACUCAACUGUGGCUACCCUGGCAACAUCGACCAUGGCACCGUCAUCGAAUCUGUGUUCACGUUCCCGAACUCAGUAACGUUUAAAUGCGAUCGAGGCUACCGUAUUGAGAAGAAUGUAAAAAUGUAUUGUCAGUCAGACGGAAAGUGGUCGCCGCCGGAACUGCCGAACUGCGCUCGGAUCCAAUGUGUGCAGCUCACCGCACCAGCGAACAGUAAGAUUGAGACAAUCGAUAGGGACUUUGGGGGAGUAGUGCGUUACACCUGCAACCCGGGCUUCAGUGCUGUCGGCAACGUUGAACGUCACUGCGAAGGUCAGGGUACAUGGAGCGGAACUGAGCCCACGUGUGAGGAAGUCAAGUGUCCUAAGCCACUGGCCCCCAACCAUGGUACGUUUUCUGGCACUGACACCCGUGUCGGAUCGAAAGUGACGUACACAUGCGACGCCGAUGGCUCAACGCAGACAGUAGUGUGUCUCAUUGAAGGGUUUUGGUCACAGGACCCCAUAGCCUGCCCUGCUCCAAUUACACAAGGACCCUCACGGACGGAGAGUACAACAAAAACAACUUCCGCACAACCUACCUCAGCCGCUACCAAGGGGGAAGGACCGCAUCCUGUGGAGUCGACGACAGGGACGGAUUCUGAAACUGAAAAGCAGUCGUCAACCAACUGGGGCGUUGUGCUAGUGCUCGUUGUGACAGUGACCUUGGUAGUCACUGGAGCUAUAUUGUUCAUCUAUUAUUGGUUCAGCGGGGCAGAAAUCCCAGGGAUGUCUGUUAAUAGACAAGGUCUACUUACACCUUCACAUAAUGAAUGA